CGCCUAUCCGAAACGAGAUAGUCUCGCUACCAAGCACCGGGCCGGAGCCGCUGGCCAUCGCGCUCCACAAAAGCAACGCUAGCUACUUCAUUUCACCAGUGAUCGGCUUCGUCAGAGAUUUCAUAGCAGAAUGGCGAUCGAAGUGGCCGACUCGCACUACCUUCUCAUCCUGGCUCCGUCGCUCGUCAUCGCCCUCAUGUUCCUGUUCUUCUGGCUCUUCAUGAAGGAGACCUCCUAUGACGAAGUUCUAGCCCGUCAGAAGCGAGACCUGAAGCUGCCGCCCGCCAAGGCGGAGGCGCGCAAGAAGAGCGAGAAGAAGAAGAACAAGAAGAAGGAGAGCGGAGGGAGCGGAGGGGGUGGCGAGUCGGAGGAGGACCUUCGGGAUUUCGACGCGUCAGACCCUGCUGGCCCGGCCCCGAAUGACGAGGAGCCCGAGGUGGUGCCCGUGGCACCAGCCGUCGCCGCCCCUGUUCAGUCAGAGCCCCCGGCUGUGGUGAGGGAGAGGAAGAAGAAGGAGAAGAAGACGAAACCCGCUGGCACGCCAGCUCCUCCCGGUCCUCCCGUCGCCUCCAAGGAGCCCGAGGUCAACGGCUCGAAGCCCGCUGUCUGCAAGGAACAGACCCUCCCCCUCGCCAAGCAGCCCAGCCCACAGCCCGCACAAGCCACGCCCCCAGCCCCUGCAGAGACCACCAGCAAAAAGAAAUCUAAAAAGCAGAAAAGUGAGAAUGGAGAGCGUGUGGCCGACGCGAGACAGGACCAGUCUCCUGUGGCAGUGAAGGAGGAGCCCGUGCUGCUGCCUGAGCUCAGACUGCAGGACGGAGCCGCCCCCGCCGUGGCCCCGCCCGCCCACUCGGCCCCCGCUGUGGCCCCGCCCACCCAUGCCACCCCAACCCCUUCCACUGGCAGCAGCAGGAGGAAGAGCAAGAAGCAGAAGAUGGAGGCUGCUGUCACCGGUGGGCAGCUCCAAAUCAAACGUGUUCAGACAACAGCCAGGGGCCGGGCAGUGGAUGAGACCCUGGUCCAGUCUUCUCCACCUAUGAGCCAGACCGACUCUGCGUCUUCAGUGAACCACCAGAAUGACGAGGCCCCGCCCCCAGCUCCUGCCUCUACCAAACACGGAAAGAAACAGAAGAACGAAACUGACAAAGAGAACUCUGGGCUGAAGCUGAAGGAGCUGUUGUCCAGUCUCGGUGGGCUGGUGCUCUCUGACACCGAGAUCGUCUCUGUCGUCUCUCUGCUCCGGGACAAGAGCCCAAAUGCCCUGGACAGCUGGUACAAGGUGGCUAAACUGGAACCCUUGACUCAGCAGCUGGCCGAGAAAGAACGCCUUCUCAUGACGCUGAAGGAGGAGACAGCCAUCGCCAAGGACCAAGUCAAGCAGCUCGGCCAGGAGCUGCAGGCCGAGAAGCAGAAGAGCAACCGCGCGGAGGCCAUGGUGCGUGAGCAGCGCGUUGCUAUGGAGAAGGAGAUGAAUGUCAUGCAGGCCAAGGCCCAGGGCAGCUUCCAGGACCUUCAGGCCUUGCAGAUGAAGUUUCAGAAACUGAGGGAGCAGCUGGAGGGGCAGAUCACUCAUCUCCAGCAGGAGAAUGGCAUCCUCCGCGAUGCUGUCAGCUCCACCACCAGCCAGAUGGAGAACAAGCAAUCGGCGGAGCUGAACACACUGCGCACGGACUAUGCGGGCCUGUUGAAGGACCUCACUGAGACCAACAGCAAGCUGCAGCAGGAGGAGGUCCAGAGGAAGAGCUUGGAGGUCAACUACAAGCAGAACGUGUCCCAGCUGGAGGCCCAGCUACAGGAUGCCAAGCGCCGCUGGGACGAGCUGCAGGGCUAUUUGCACAGCGUUAACACGGAGCGAGAGAAACUUCAGUCUGCAAAACAAGAGCUGCAGAGCAAACUCCUGGCCAUAGAGACCGACUUGAGCAGUAAGAACAAGGAGAUCCAGACGUUACACAGCAGCCUGACGGACACCAUCUUUUCCAAGGAGCAGGUGGAGCAGAAGGUUCUGCAGCUGCUGGAGGUGUCGCAGCACAGCCGCCAGCCCGACGACACGCUGCAGGCCAAAGUGCAGGAGCUGGUGAGCGAGAACAAGGCGCUCCAGGUCCAGAUCGAGGACCUUCAGGCUCAGGUCACUUCUCAGGCCAACACCGUGUCCCAUUUGGAGGAGCUUCAAAAACUGCUGGCUGAGAAGGAGCUCCAGAGGAAGAGCCUGGAAGACUCGCUCAAUGCCGAGCGGAGCAGUGGAGCCAGCAGGGAGAACAAUAUGCAGGCCAUGCGCAAUGAUAACGUGGCCCUGAAGGCAGAGCUCCAGAAUCUGCAGGCACAGAUUGCUGAGCAGGCAUCUGCCCAGCUGGCAAUGGAUCAACUCAAACACAGCCUUCAAGAGAGGGAGGAGAAGCUCAAGACAGUGGAGGCGUUGCUGGAAGCGGGGCUUAUUGAGGUGGCUAAUAAGCAAGAGGAACUUGAGAGGCUCAGGGAGGAGAAGGAGUUUUUGAAGCGGGAUGUCGAAGCCCUGCAGCAGGAGGUCUCGGAGCAGAAGCUGUCCAGCACGGCACUGGACGAGAUGCAGAGACUGGUUCAGGAGAAGGAUGAAAAGAUUAAGUCUGUUGCAGAGAGUUUAGCAUCAGCACUGGAGGAGUCGUCCAGCCGAAUGAAAGCCAUGCAGGUUCUGGAGCAGCAGAUGGAGACUCUGCUAGCAGAGCUAGCCGAGGUGAAGAGCAGAGAGUCACAGAGGGAUGUGGAUGCCAGCACUCAGCUCCUGGAGCUCCAUGCUCUGUUGGCAUCUAAAGACCAGGAUCUCCAGACACUACACAAAGAGAUGGAGGAGAAGGCCAGGGAGAUGGAGAAGGUGGAGCAACAGCAACAGCAGUUGGCAUCAGCACCUCCCAGUCAGGAACUGUUGGCAGCGAUAGCAGACCGUGACGCGCAGCUGUGUGAUGUCCAGGCGGAGCUACUGGAGCUGAGGGAGACUGUAGAGCUUCAUAGGAGGAAGAACAAUGAGCUCCGGGAGAAAAACUGGAGCGCCAUGGAGGCGCUGUCAGCCACGGAGACCAUGCUGCAGGGAAAACUCAGCAAGACGGUGAAGGAGGGACAGUCCGCGCUGGAGUCCGCUCAGGCUGAAUGUCGAGCGCUGCUCCACAGACUCUUCCCACAUGUGCCCCUGCCCACGGACCAGAACCAUAAGCAGUGGCUGCUGGACUUUGAGAGCGCUGCGCAAGAGGUCAGCGAGCACGCUGUUGCAGCAGAAACGAUGUCUGAACCAGACACCGGGGAUGGUGAUGCCAAGAGUUUAACAGACAAGCUCAAAGAGGCUGAGGAGACCCAGAAAAGUCUACAGAAGGACUGUGAGACAUACAAGAAAGUCCUAGCAGAGACGGAGGGCAUCCUGCAGAGGCUCCAGAGCAGCGUGGAGCAGGAGGAGUCGCGCUGGAAGGAGAAGCUGGAGCAGGCCCAGACCGAGCUCAAAGAGAUGACCUUUAAGGUAACAGCACUGGAGCAGGAAGUGGACAGACUGAGCUCAGACGGAGAACUGGAAAGUCUGCGAAGAGAGAAACGCCACCUAGAGUCGGAACUGGAGAGAGCAGAGCGUGAGAGCGCCACCUACGUGUCGGAGGUCAGAGAGCUGAAAGAUCUCUUGACAGAGUUGCAAGGCAAACUCGAUGGCUCGUACACAGAGGCGGUCAGACAGAAUGAGGAGCUGAAUUUGCUGAAGACGCAGCUGAAUGAGACUUUAGGGAAGCUGGAGACCGAGGAGAGUGAGCGGCAGAAAGUAGCUGGAGAUCUGUACAAGGCUCAGCAGUCUCUGGAGCGGAUCCAGGAGGAGAUCUUAAAGGAGAUGGACCAGGCAGACCUGAUCCAGAACAUUAGCUUUACCACACCAACGGAGGAUAUGGACCGCAAGGAGAAGAUGUCUGCAGGGCUGAACCAGACCGUACGGGAGCUGCAGGAAUUGCUACACGCUGUUAACACACAGCUCACCCGGGGCCUGCAGAAGGGCGAUGGGGACAACGAAUCUGACGCGUGCUCUCCAGAUCCAGAGCAGCAACCUUGCACAGUGACCGUCUCGCCCUCCCUUCAAGACCAAACACUCCUAGGAAGAGAAGGGGAUUGGCUUGAUCCUGACCGCAUACACUCCAAGAACCAAUCAGAUGGGAUCGUUUCUCAUGAUUGUCACCUCCUCUGUGAUGGCGCGCCUCACUUUCAGUAGUCGUAAGGGCAAAGGCAACUGAAUAGACGCAACGGUUAAACUUGUCUGUUUUGAUUUUUGGCCCUUUUCCCCUUUCAUUACUACAUUUUUUAGCUCAUUGAAAGGAGGGGUUUUUAUUCCAUCAUAGAAAUAAAAUUUGAGGAUAUUUGUGUUUUAAAGACUGAGAUAACAAUUAGAAUCUACUGACACUACGUUGUUUUCAGCCCUUGCCCCACAGUCUCAAAAGCCUGCAUACUUACGAGCAACACAAGCAAGCAACCGCGCACAUAUAUAAAUGAGCACGCCUUCUCUCUCUCUCUCUCUCUCACACACACACACACACACACACACACACACACACACACACACACACACACACACACACGCACACUGAGUUUUCUGAAUGUUAUAGCAUCUGUUUUCCGGGUACCCUUUUUUUUUUUUUUUUUUGAAUAAAUGCUUGGUUAACGACAAAGGCAGGCAGGUCUGUGUUGAGCUAUACUUUAAUGCCAGUGCAGCGCUGCCUUUGAACGGCUGGCGCACUGAGCAGCGAGAUCUACUUCUACUGUAACUACUUCUCAGAGAAAGCGGGAGGGGGGGGGUGAGGCAUCUCAACAAUCAAUAUGCUAUAUACUGUUGCUAAUUUCAUUAACAGAGUAUUUCAUUUUUUGUAAAACAGGUGACCGUUAUUAAAAGGGAUGCUUGAUAAAUA